ACGUGUCAACUUUACAGAAAGCUCCAGCUGCCACGCACUUCCGUCUCCUUUCCCUCUCAAUCACCAACACUAUUUUCAGCCAUGAAAUUUCGCUUUAAAACAAGGAUGUUCAGAACCUCAGAAACCCCACUUCGCCCCAAUUUUCAGAGUUUCAUUGAAUCAAGUCUGUCUUAAUCCAGGCUUAAGUUUCAACCAGAUAAUAGAAGAAGGGGGUGGUGUCUCUCUCAAUAUCUCAGCUCUCAGGGAUGAUGGCAAAGAAAGAAAAGAAAUUUUUGACCGUAGCUCCCUUUGAGUGUGCUUGGAGAAAGGAUUUGAAAUUCCGGGAAGCUGGAAGGGGAUGUGUGGCAUUUGAUGCUUUUGCUUGCAAUGAUGUUACUGUUGUGUUUAGGGAGAACGUAGGGAGUCAGCAUUAUCACUAUAAGAGAGAUAAUAGUCCUCAUUAUACUGUGAUCAUUGGAAGUCAUAGGAAUCGUAGAUUGAAAAUUGAGGUGGAUGGGAAAACUGUGGUUGAUGAAGCAGGUCUUGGCCUUUGUUGUUCUUUAGCAUUUCAGAGUUAUUGGAUCAGUAUCUAUGAUGGGUUGAUUAGUAUUGGUAAGGGAAGAUACCCUUUUCAGAAUCGUAUGUGUCAGUGGCUAGAUUCAAAUCCAAACUGUAAUGUUCGGUAUGUCGGCCUUAGCAGUUGGGAUAAGCAUGUAGGAUAUAGAAAUGUCAAUGUGUUGCCAUUAACACAGAAUCAUAUGUUGCUAUGGAAGCAAGUGGAUUGUGGCGAGUAUAAUGGAGAGGAGGAUGUAGAUGAGGAAUUGGAGGAUGAGCAGAUGGGCUACGAGAAGUGGGGACUUGAAAAUUUUCUUGAGAAUUGGGAGUUAUCUGAUAUGAUCUUUGUUGUGGAGGGGGAGGAAACGCGAGUCCCUGCUCAUAAGAUAAUUUUGCAGGCAUGUGGAAAAUUUCCCUUAAGUUCAUCUGAUGAUGAUGUCAUUCAGUUGCAGGAUGUAACAUAUCCAAUUCUUCAUGCGCUUCUUCAAUAUGUAUAUACGGGCCAAACAAAGAUUUCAGAGUCACAGUUAGGUUCCUUGUUGGCUCUGAGCACCCAAUUUGAAGUGAUUCCACUAGUAAAGCAAUGUGUGGAAGCCAUGGAACGGUUUAAACUGAAUAAAAAGUUGUUUGACUCUGGGAAUAAUGUGGAAUUAUCAUAUUUAAAUUUCCAGCCACAUUCUCGAACAGUCUUCCCCUUUGGGAUCCCAAUAAAUGUGCAGGGUCUCCAACAAUUAUAUUUGACCAGCAAGUACAGUGACAUUAGCAUUAAUGCUGAGGGUUAUGGCUUCAUUUCCUGGUCUCAUAAAAUUAUUCUCAGCUUAUACAGUGCCCCUUUUGCGAAGAUGUUCACAAAUGGAAUGUGUGAGAGCAACUCCUCUGAGGUUUGUUUAAGGGAUGAGUCACCAAAAGCACUCAAAGCCAUGCUUGAAUUCAUGUAUAGUGGAGAACUCUGUAUAGAAGAUACCAUGGAUUUUGGUACCUUGCUACUUCAGGUUCUAUUAUUGUCUGACAAAUAUGGAAUCACUCUCCUUCAUCAGGAAUGCUGCAAAAUGCUUUUAGAGUACCUCUCGGAGGUAGUUUAGUAACCUAUAUUCUAGUUCCCACAGAAUAAUUUUAUUUGGUGAUU